UAUCUCUCUCCUCUUCCUUCGCUUGUCCUCAACCUCUCGCUCGCUGGACUUGAAAAAAAGUCGCUAGUUAAAGAAGAGCCGCUUCAUCACCAAAACCCGAGCACACGUCAACACCACACACCCUACUCCAACCACAACCCGACUCCAAGAAUCUUUGCUCUUCCUCUUCAAUUUCACCUUCGUUUCCCUUUACAACCCCUCACCCCCCCACACAAAACACAACAAAGCAUCCACUGCACCCCCCAACUCCCCCCUUCUUUGACCACCCAAUCUCCCUGCCUUAAUCCAGAGCAUCACAACAACCACACCUGCAGCUCUUCUUACGCGCAAUUCCUCCAUAACCGCCAUCAUGUUUAGUCAAUCCAAUACUGGUGGCUUUGGAGGGUUCGGCACCAACAAUAACACAAAUCCCGGCACGGGUACCACUGGCAGCGUGUUCGGCUCCGGCGGUGGCUUCGGUCAGCAGCAACAACAGCAGCAACAACAGCAGCAACAACAACAGCCUGCGGCUCCAGGAUUUGGUAGCGGCGGUGGCUUUGGUGCGACAAACACCGGUGGCGCUUUUGGUUCUUCGACGACUCCUGCUUUUGGUGGUGCUGCUCCCGGAGGAGGAUUCGGUCAGGCUAGUAACGCUUUCGGUGCAAAACCUGCUUUCGGUGCAACAACAACUGGAGGUGGACUCUUUGGAUCGCAAGCCGCUGCACCGAAUACGAACCCUGGAUUUGGCGGAGGAGGAGCCUUUGGAAACAACACCGCGACGUCUGCAUUUGGCGCUACCAACACGGGUGCUACAGGCGGAGGAAUGUUCGGAAAUGCUGGAAAGCCCGGGUUUGGCGGUGUCACAACCACCACUGGUGCGACGGGAGGUGGUAUCUUUGGGACGUCCGGCGCUGCUACAGGCACUGGCGCUUUCGGUGCGCCUGCCGGUGGUAAUGCUGGAGGUAUUGGAUUUGGUGGCGCGGAUACCUCUGUUCUGCCUGUGAACGGAACCGCGACCACUCCCUACACCGUUACGCAAGAGAAGGAAGCUAGUAGCUCCUUGAUGAACCACUUCCAGACCAUUUCGUUCAUGCCGGCCUAUAAAAACUGGUCACUAGAAGAAUUGCGUCUGCAGGAUUAUGCUACCGGAAGACGCUACGGCAACUCAUCCGGCCAAUCUGGCGCGUUCGGUUUCUCUGGGUUUGGCGGAGCGAAUGCGGCACCAGCAACUACUGGAACCGGGUUUGGCGCUACGAACACUGGGGCCGCAGGUGGCGGUGGUUUGUUUGGAAGUGCCAACAAUCAGCAACAGCCUGGUGGAUUCGGAGCAACCAGUGGUGGUGCAUUUGGAGCUACCAACAACAAUGCGGCUGGCGGAGGUCUCUUUGGAGCGAAGCCUGCUACGACCGGUGGAUUGUUUGGAGCUAGCAACACGGGUACGGCUGGAGGGGGUCUGUUUGGAUCGAAUCCUGCUCCUGCUGCUGGUGGCUUCGGCAAUACUGGCAAUACUGGGGCGUUUGGCAAUAAUACCGGGGGUGCAUUUGGGCCCGCAACCCAGCAGGCUAAGCCUGGAUUCUCUUUCGGUGGACCUGCUGCAACCACUCCCACAACUGGUGGCUUCGGAGCUACACCUGGAACUGGGUUUGGACAGCAGAAUACUGGUGCUACCGGUGGAUUGUUCGGUCAGCAACCCCAACAACAACAGCAACAGCCGGCCACUGGAUUCGGAGGCCAGGCCGCGGGCACUGGUUUCGGCGCUACCGGAGGAUUCGGGCAGCAAAACACACAGCAACAGCAGCAGCAGCAGCAGCCGUCAUCCUUUGGCGCAUUUGGGCAGCAGCAGAACAAUCAACAACAACAGAAGCCUGCUUUUGGCGGCUUCGGUGCGACAUCCGCGGCCCCUGCUACAGGUGGUGGCCUCUUCGGUAACCAGCAGCAAAACCAGCAGCCUCAACAACAACAGGCUGGUGGACUUUUCGGAGCCAAGCCUGCAUUUGGAGGAGCUACGACUAAUACUUCUGCCACUAGUGGUCUGUUCGGAAACAACCAGCAACCUCAGCAGCAGCAAACUGGUGGUCUGUUUGGAAACGCCCAGCCGUCUCUGAAUACUGGUGGCGGUGGAUUGUUUGGAAACACCCAGGCUGGCGCCACCAACACUGGCGGUGGUGGACUGUUUGGAAACAAUCAGACAAAGCCUGGCGGUUUGUUCGCGUCGGGUGCACCUGCGCAGAAUACGGGUGGUGGAUUGUUUGGCGGUUUGAACACCACUACCCAGACUUCUGGCGGUUCAUCCCUGUUUGGAAAUCAGCAGCAGCAACAGCAACCGCAGCAGCAGUCGAGUCUGUUCGGCAACACCCUUGGCCUUGGUCUUGGUGGCCAACAACAGCAGCAACAGCAAUUCACAACCUCGAUUGCGGAUUCGCCGUAUGGAAAUGCUUUGCUUGGUACUAUGGGUCCAGGACAGCAGAACCAGCUGGGCCCGAUUGCGACUCCUCUCGGCUCUUCGACCACCAAGAAAGCAGCAAUGAUUCCUCACCACAAGAUUGCUCCCAGGCAGCCUGCUCUCACGCCCCGCCUCGGCAACAGCUACUCCAGAAGCGGAUCUCCGUUCGCUUCGUCCACCACGACUACCACUUCUCUGAGUGGAUCCAGGGGAUCGUUCUCGUCCAACAACAAAUUGAGUCUCUUUGACGGCGACGACUCGGCUUUGAGUGCGAACGCUUUCUCUUCAAGCACUAGUAGUCGUGCCGCCGGGUUGAAGAAGUUGGUCAUCGACAAGAAGAUCAAGGAUCAGGACUUGUUCACAGACAACAACGAGCCACGUGGUAGGGCGGACAGCAUUAGCAGUGGACCGGGCAGCGCGUCUCCUGUCACUACUAAGGGUAUCUUGAAAAAGACUGUCAGCUUUGACGUGGCUGCUGAGAACAAGAGGGAUGAAGACUUAUUCGGUACUGGCAGCGCUACGCCUGCUAAGGCGACUAGUGGCCCUGCACCCACAGCCGAGGAGCUCGGAUUCAUCAGGCGCACUCCUGAGCGGAGACGGGCUACGGAUCUUGACGAGUCUCCUCAGGGAAGUGCUGUAUCCUCUAGCAGCGCCCCAGUGCUUGGUAACGAGGUUGCUCUUGUUCAGCAGCCUAGUGAGGAGCGCGCUCACGGUACAUACUGGAUGGUUCCCAGUGCGCAGAAACUUCGGUCCUACACCCGUGAGCAGCAGAAGAAGGUCAUCGGUCUUACUGUCGGGCGUCGCGGAUAUGGUUCCGUCCGCUUCGACAAUCCUGUGGAUAUCUCCGGUCUUCCUUGCGAAUUUGAAGAUAUCCCCGGCACCGUGGUUAUCUUUGAUACCAGAGUUUGCACUGUCUACCCAGAGGGGUUGGAAAAGCCCGCUCCUGGAAACGGCCUCAACGUUCCUGCCACUAUUUCCCUGGAGGACUGCUUCCCCCUCACGAAGAACCAGCGCGACAAGAUCGUCGAUCCCGAACACCCUAGGUACAUCACCCACAUUCGCCGGUUGAAGGGUAUUAAGGAUACCGAGUUUGUCGAUUACCACCCCCAGCAGGGUCUUUGGAUCUUCAGAGUCCGACAUUUCACCACCUACGGUCUGGUUGACAGCGACGAUGAAGAAAUGGAGGAGGAGAUGACCUACGAUUCCAGCUUCGCCACCAGUCAGGGAGACGACUCCAUCUUUGGUCCCGACGACAACACUGUUACCCCGAGACCGGCAAUUAUUACUCCCGCCUCACUCAUGAUUGAUGACGAGAACAGCAUGGAUGCCGACAUCAGCGGUAUGGAUUCCACCUCCGGGUUGGAUGAUACCUUUGACUUCAAGAGGCUCCCUACCGCUGUUGGUUCUCUUGCACGUAGAACUGCCCCCGCUACCGCUCAACAGCACCCGGGAUCUUUUUUAGGCGAGGACGAUGAGCCCAUCAAUUCAUCGUUUGACGAAGACCAGUACACGGAGGAGGAGGGUGAUGUGACCAUGACUGGUGAGUCUUUUUUAGGGGAAGGCUCCGUAGGCAGUGUUGAAGAAGAUGAACCUGCGGAGCCCCUGUCGGAGGAGGACGAUGCGGUGGAGGAGUCGACAAUUAUCCUGGACGACGACGAGGAUACGACUGGUGCUCUUAACGAGGAAUCACCCCAGAGACUGGCUCUUAUGUCCCCGGAGAGAUCACCAACGAAGUCGAUUGCGGCGACGCCUUCAAAGGCGUUGGCAUUAGGCAAGGACUGGACUGAACAGCUUAAUAAUACGAUCAGUCCUGUAAAGAGACGGUUCGGUGGCGAGAGCUUCUUUGCCGGUGGAGGUGGGGGUAGAUCGCCCAGCCCUCGGAAGGCGAUGAUGGAGCCUCUCAACUAUGGACUACUUGAUUUGGCCAACGACCUUUACGGAAGCCCUUCGAAGUUGAACGGCAGUGCACGCAGGGAUACGGGAAGGACGAGGAAACGGGAUGAAUUUGAGUCACUCGGCGAUUCGAAAUUUAGCUCGGAAGGGGUACGACCCAUCGCCAAGAAACCGAUUGCCUUGAUUGCCUACUCCGGAGAACCCUUUGAUUACAAUGAGUUGGAGGGCGAUGACCAAGCCUGGCGUAAAUCCGUGAGGCCGGCGUGGGGACCUGAGGGAAUCAUCAUCCACAUGGGUCAAUUGGAGGCAUUGCGUGUUCGGAAGAGUGAGGGAAGUUUGAGCAUCGCAAAGCUGAACUUCGGCACCAAGUCACAUGUCGUUCCUCGGCCUUUGGAACUUCAAAUGCGCAACACCGACAUUAGGCUGGAUGAGUUUGGCAUUCCAUUCGCCGAGGUCAAAAUGGAAUUCCUCUUUCAAGAGUUCACUGAACUGCCUUGGACGCGAGAUUCUAAGGAACAACACGAGAGGAAUGUGUGGAGGCUUGCGAGCGUUCUUUGGGACCCGCUCGACAACAUUCCCAUUGUUGACGACAUAGAGCUAGAGUUCUACCUUCACGAGAAGCGUCGAAAGGAACUUCUGUCUCGCUUCCUCCAGGAGCUUGUGGAAAAUGAUGCCGAUCUCCAUGCUCAGACAGCGCCUACUGCUGAAGAAGCCGCUUUUGCACAUCUCACUGCAUACCGUAUCGAACAGGCGUGCUCGGUGCUGAUCGAUGCUCAGGACUUCAGGCUCGCUUCUCUGAUUCCUCUGAUUGGCGGUGAUCGAUCUGUCCGACAGUCGAUUCGCAGCCAGAUCGAUCACUGGAAGGGCAAAGGUGUUCUUAGUGAGCUCACGAUCCCGAUGCGUGCGCUUUAUGAACUCCUUGCUGGGGAGACUUGCUUCUCUGAAGGAGUCAAGAACCCUGCCGAGGAUGCUACGGCCGAUAUCUUCUUUGCUGAUUAUUUCGGCCUGGACUGGCGGAGAGCGCUGGCGUUGAAGUUCUGGUACGGAUGUUUCGAAGAGGAGAGUAUCGGUCGUUUAGUGAAGAGGUACGAAGAAGACUUCUUGCGAUUCCCCGAAAAGGUGGCGCGGCCUACGCCUUGGUAUCUCGACGCACAGGAGCCAGCAGACGGCAGACUGGAUAUUCUUUGGGGUCUCUUGAGACUUUACGCGGAUUCCCGCCUUCCACUCGAAGAGGUGCUUUCUCCUGCGAACAUCGGUCCCAAUAAGCUUGACUACCGGGUCUCAUGGCAGAUGCGUACCAUCCUCGCCAAGAUUGGAGUUAGAGAUUUCAGUCCCCUAGACGAUUACAGUAGUAGGGGUGAUCAGGUUACCGCCGAGUUCGCUGGAGGGCUUGAGAGUGCCGGUCUGUGGGAGUGGUCUCUGUUUGUGAUUAUGCAUAUCGAGGACGCCGACGCUCGUGGUGCUGGCCUCAAGAAUCUGAUCGGCAGACACAUUGACGAGAUUGAUGAUGGCGAGAAGAGGACAUUCUUGGAGAAGACUCUUUGCAUCCCGCGUACUUGGAUCUACGAGGCCAAGGCCCUCCGGGCCAGACACGCCGGUGACUACCUCCAGGAAGCAGAGUACCUCAUUACAGCUAAGGCCUGGGUUGAGGCGCACAAGACUAUCAUCGAGCAGGUUGCACCCGAAGCUAUCAUCUCGGGCAACCUCGACGACCUCAAGAAGAUCCUGGCCAAGUUCGACUCGUCGGUGCAACCUGAGGGCUGGGGUCUCGGUGGCCAGGUGUAUCUCGACUACAUCCGCCUCCAGGAGCUGACCAAGACUACUUCGCCGAAGGCUAAGACUGAGAAGCAGGCGGUUGCUCGGAGGUUGCUCGGUGCGUUGAAGAACAUGGAGAUUUGCGGCUUCUUGCAGGGCAUUGCGGUGCGCGAGAUGGCUGGAGUUGUGGGUUCGCUAGUACUCAAGUAUGGUGAUAUGGCCGGCGACAAGACCAAGGUUCUCGAACUGCCGUUGACUGAGGACCAAUACCUCAAGAAGACUGUCAACCUCAGCCUGGAGUACUACAAGGCAAAGUUGCAGGGCGUCACUGCACAUUAAAAGGGGAUUCGGAUGGAAGGAGGAAUCAAAAUUGGGGGGAAUUUUGUGACGAGUGAUGGGCUGCAUUUGUUUACGAUGAUACAUUUCUCUUUUUUUUCUUGUUUUCCUUAAGUAUUACUUCACUACUCGUCUUCUUUCAUAGGGCUUCUUUCUUUGUUUUUAUGUUCCAUUUUUCUUUGCCUUAAUCGAUUCGCAACUUCUUGUCUGGAUUAUAAGUCAUGCCGGAGGUUCUUUGCGCUUGAGUCUGUUAGAUGAACCACUAUAAGCUUGGUUCUGUACGUUGUUUUUGGAUUCUGUUCAAUCAUCUUUGCAUUCGACCCUUCAGAUCAUGCUAGUUGCACAACCGGUUCCACUUCACUGUCCAG